AGAAAAUUAAAAUCAAGCAUUUGACGUGAUGUUUUAAAACAUCCAGAAAGCCAUAAACAGCUUCUGCAAGCUUUCCCAUUUUCAGAUGCAAAGACAAUGGAAGGAAAUGGGAAGCUCCCAGUACUUAGUGAGGAGUGCCAGAUCUCUCUUCAAACAGCAAUCUGAAGCUCUGGAGCCCACUUUUCUGAAAUUAUUAAGUACUCAGAUCUGCUGGAACAAAUUUGGUCACCUGGGAUAAGGAAAAGGUGGAUCUAAAAGUAAUGGCUGAAGAAAUACAACUUAGGGAGAAGAAGCCAAAAAGUUUGCCUCGGUCUGAUGGGUGUGGUCUCCAUAGCUUUGACGAUCUGGAUUUGUCUGGAGGGUUGAGGAUUGUCCUUGUGGGAAAGACUGGAUCAGGGAAAAGUGCCACAGGUAACACCAUCCUGGGGAGAAGUGCCUUCAAAGAGGAUCCAAGUCCGAUGUCUGUGACCAAACACUGUGAGACACAGAGCGGAGAGGUAGAUGGGAUUCCAGUUCAAGUGAUUGACACUCCAGGGCUGUUCGAUACAGGCGUUGCAGAGGAGGAACUAAAACUCAGGAUAGAGGAAUGUGUCAAAAUGUCGGUGCCUGGACCUCAUGCCUUCCUCCUGGUGAUCCGACUUGGAGUCAGGUUCACAGAGGAGGAAAGGAAUGCUGUGAGGUGGAUCCAGGAAAACUUUGGAGAUGAUGCAUCCAUGUACACUAUCAUGUUGUUUACAUGCAAGGAUCAAGGUAAAGCAGACAAUGCCCUGAAAGAGUGCAAGGAGCUCCGGAGACUCUCAAUUACAUUUGGUCGCAGGUACCAUGCCUUCAACAACAAUGACGCAGAUGACCGUCUGCAGGUCACAGAGCUUAUCAACAUGAUCAAGGAAAUGGUACAAGACAAUGGAGGGAAACACUACACAAACGAGAUGUAUGAGAAAGCCCAGAGGAUGCUAAGAGAGGAGGAGGAGCGGAGGAGACAGGAAGAGCAAGAGAAAAAGAAAGAAGAAAGGAAGGUCUGGGAUGAGGAGAGGGAGAAACAGCAAAAAGAACGAGAGAAGAAGAAACAAGUUCGGAAGAAGAACAUCCGUGUGGCCUCAGCUGUUGCUGUUCUGUUGGUUUUAGCUGGGGUGGUUAUUGCAGUAGCAGCAAACACCACUGUGGCUCUGGCUCUGGGAGCUCCAACACUUCUCCUGGGUAUUUUAUGUGGUUUGACAGCAGUUGUCUUGUGGAAAGGAAUGAAAUGCAAUGCUAAAAAGAACAGUCCAGUGUAAUAAGCAUAAUGUGAUCAUCUCUGACAGCAAAAUUAGCUAAUAUUGAUAUAUAUUUUCCAACCUUUUCUGGUGUUCAGAUUUUUUAGUGGAACAAAGUCAAACUAGAUUACAAAAACAUUUAAAUUAGCAAACACCCUUUUUUCCCAAAACUGUUGGAUUUAAUUUUUAAAUUAACUUCACAGACCAAAAUAAACCUCUUCAAUGUACAACGCGGAAAAAUGACCCACAGCUAGAUUAUUAUUUGACCUUGCAACAAGUUUGAAAUUAUCUGUGUCACUGAAAUAUUUUCUGUCAUGCAAAAUAUUUUACUUUUAAAAAUGUGAAAAUCAAUGAUGUCUGUGAUAAAGCAUUGCCUCUGAUUUUACAAUAUUUUUAAUAAAAUCAGAAAAGAAAAGAACUACAUAACAACAAAGUAAUGGUAUUAAUUGAAAGUGCUUGGUUUGGACUGAAUUUUUUUCUCGCUGUCAUUUGUUUUCUCACAAUUAAAAAAAGGCUUUCUUACUUGUUUAACU